AUGACGACGGACUGGACUGUGGGCGUCAUGCCCUUGACGCAGGUGCGCAAGCCGCCCUUCACCAUCGAGGCUUCCGGCUACGAAAAGGUCCCUGGCGAGACCAUCCCGCGUCGCCACCCGGCAGCCAAGGACGGCCUUCUCACCACUCCUCACGAUGACGUACACACCGUCUUCGACAUUGUCCGCCGCAGUGCCCGCGAGUAUCCCAACCACCUUGCCGUCGGUCACCGGAGGCUCAUUGAGCUGCACAAGGAGGUCAAGAAGGUCCCCAAGAACAUCGAUGGCCAGGUUGUCGAGGUGGACAAGGAGUGGCAGUACUUUGAGCUGUCCAAGUUCGACUUCUUGACCUUCAAGGAGUACGAGACGCUCGUCCUGCAGCUGGGCUCCGGCCUGCGCAAGCUGGGCUACGGCGACUCUCACAAGCUGCACCUGUUUGGCACAACCAGUGUCAACUGGAUCUCCAUGUCCCAUGCCUGUGCCUCCCAGUCCAUCUCCAUCGUCACUGCCUACGACACCCUCGGCGAGAGCGGCGUCGAGCACUCGCUCGUCCAGACCGAUGCCGAGGCCAUGUACGUCGACCCUCACUUGCUCAAGACGGCCGCUAGCCCCAUCCGCAAAUCAAAGGUCAGGACCGUCAUCGUCAACGAGGACUGCAUCUUCACCGCCGGCGGCGAGAUCGAAGCCUACAAGAAAGAGAACCCGGAUAUCCGCGUCCUUACCUGGGAGGACCUCCGCAAGCUCGGCGAGGAGAACAUGGUUGAGCCCAACCCCGGCAACCCAACCGACGUCUUCUGCGUCAUGUACACCUCUGGUUCCACCGGUCUUCCCAAGGGUGCCUGCAUCACCCACGAGGCGCUUGUUGCGGGAGUUACGGGCCUCCUCGCCUCUGUUGGCCAAACCAUUAGCGACAAGGAGGUUGUCCUUGCCUACCUUCCUCUUGCGCACAUCUUCGAAAUGGCCCUUGAGAACCUCGUCUUGUCCAUUGGUGGCUGCCUUGGAUAUGGAAACCCCCGGACUCUUUCUGAUAAUUCCAUGAAGAACUGUGCGGGUGACAUGCGGGAACUGCGACCAACCGUCAUGGUUGGUGUCCCCCAGGUGUGGGAGACUGUCAGGAAAGGAGUCAUGGCGAAGCUGGAAACUUCUAGCCCCGUUCUCAAGUCGCUAUUCUGGGGCGCCUUCAGCUACAAGAGCUUCAUGUCGCGCAACAAGCUUCCGUUUGCCAGCGUUUUCGACAGCAUCGUCUUUACCAAAGUUCGCCAGCUGACUGGAGGCCGGCUUCGUUUCACCAUGAACGGCGCCAGUGGCAUUUCAGACAGCACCAAGCAAUUCCUGUCCCUCGUCCUCGCCCCCAUGCUGACUGGCUAUGGCUUGACCGAGACCUGCGCCAACGGCUCACUGGGAAACCCGCUCGAGUACACUGCCAACGCCAUUGGCCCUGUUUCUGGUGCCAUUGAAGUGAAGCUCGUUUCGAUUCCCGAAAUCGGAUACUCCACCGAUGCCAAGGUUCCCCAGGGCGAGAUUUGGAUGAGGGGAAAACCCAUCAUGAAGGAGUACUACAACAACCCAGAAGAGACUGCCAAGGCUCUCACCGCCGAUGGUUGGUUCAAGACUGGUGAUAUUGGCGAGUUCGAUGCCGACGGUCACUUGCGCGUCAUUGAUCGAGUCAAGAACCUUGUGAAGAUGCAGGGCGGCGAGUACAUUGCCCUGGAGAAGCUGGAGGCUGUUUACCGAGGUUCCCAGGUGGUUGCUAAUGUCAUGAUCCACGCUGAUCCGGAGCACAACCGCCCCAUCGCCAUCAUCAUGGCCAAUGAGAAGGUUCUGGCUGACAAGGCGGCAGAGCUUGGUGUUGACGAGCACAGCAUGCACCACGACUCCAAGGUCCAGUCGGCAGUUCUCAAGGAUCUGCAGCUUACCGCCAAGCGAUCUGGCUUGACUGGUUUGGAGACGAUUGGCGGUGUUGUUGUUACUGAUGCGGAGUGGACCCCUGAUAGUGGCUUGGUCACUGCUACUCAGAAGCUCAACAGGAAAGUCAUCCGAGAGGCUUUCAAGAAGCAGAUUGACGAGUGCUUGAAGCACGCUCCUUAA